GUUGACAGGAAGGAACAAGGAAGUGUGCUCCGUUCCCCUCGCCUCCUCGGCCACUUCCCCGCCGGCUUGCUCCGUUCUCCGUCGCUCUGGUUUAGUUGAUCUGCUUUUCUGCGAGGAUUAGGGCAUUGGAUUGGAUUCUGCAGUUAAAAUUCCGUCCUUGAGAUCCGGAAUCGAGCGAGCAGCAAUGGCGGCCGCCCCCGCUGAAGUUCUUCCGCCGGCCAAGAGGUGGAAAAAGGACCCCAAUUGCCUGGAAACCUCACCGGUCCAUCCGGCCAAUGCGGUGACCGCAGACUGGCCCUCGCUCCCAGACGAUAUCAUCCGCCGCAUCGCCGACUCCUUCCUCGCCGCCAACGACCUAGAUUGGUACAUGGAUCUGCGCGCCGUCUGCCACAACUGGCGCUCCGCCACCGACGACCCCAGGAACAACACCUCUGACCCCCGGUUCCUCCCAUGCCGCUGGAUCAUCCUCGACGAGGUCUUCGAGAGCGACACGCGCCGCCUCUUGGUCAACACCGCCAUCGGCCGGUUCCUCCAUAAGGAGCUCCCGGCGCUCCGCGGCUACCACGUUGUCGCCACCACUCUAUGCGGCCUCUUCGUCAUGGCCGACAGGAGCGCUCCUCACGCCGCUCGUGUCUUCAACCCUCUCACCGGCGAUAUCAUCCGUUUCACGGCGCCAUGCCGCCCGAGGUGCAGGUCACCGCCGCCGUCUGCUUUGACUUCUCUUGGCCCUUGCUCGCCUUGUUCUGCGACUCAUGUUGCAAGAUGUACAUAGUCAGUCCACACAGUUCUCACUCCCAAGACUAUGUCUUUGAUCCUAGAGUUUACAGUUUCUUCCGGAGCGCGGUCGGAGGUGGUUUGGUCGGCCGUUGGUGGGAAUUAGCCAGAACAACUGACUUGGCUCUCAAGAUCUGCAAAGUGGGGCUGUCACUUGGCAUCAAUCUGUCGAAGUUUUUUUCUGGUGAUCCUACUGAGAUCGGACUUGCAAACGAUGCCCGGUGUUUCGCAAUGGAAUUUAUUGGACAGAUGCUGAUCAUCGUCAAGGGACAACAAUUCUUCCAGAUUUUAAGAGUCAAAACCGAGAGCGGCGAGCUUUUGCAUGUGGAGAGCAUCUGCAACCAUGCCAUCUUCAUUGGUCAUCAUAGGAGCCUUGCUGUGGAUGCUCACAUGUUUCCAUCAAUAGAGGCAAACUGUAUCUACUACACUGAACACCAGGUUUCGUCUGCCCACAUCUGGAAGUACAACAUCAAGGACCGAAAAGCAGAAAGGAUCUCAGAAGCCGUCGAUUUUGUGAAGCCGGACAAGCAGUUUGUCCUGCUCGGCGACCGUCCUUCCACGCUCAUCCAGCUUCUGUCGAGCUACACCAUCAGCACCCGGGAUUCUGAACUGGCUGGUGCAGUUAAACUUGAUGAU